GAAUCAGCGCCGUGCAGCCCUAUUCCCCAAGGUUCUCCUCUUUCUGUUGUCUUCUCCAGCGGCGCUUCCACCAGAGGUUUCAGUUUCCGUUUCCGAUCUCCUUUGAUUCAUUGCAUCUUCAUCUUCUUCAAGUCGGGUUCCUGCAAGUUCUGAACCAUAAUCUGAACGCCGCUAGCCUCUCCGGGGUUUCCAUAAACCCUCUUCCUUUUAUUCUCUUCUUCUUCUUCUUCAUCGAUUUGCUGAGUGCAUCAAAAUCAAGGAAGAUUAAAAGAGAGGGAAAAGAUGACAAAGAAGAAGAAGGUGCAAUGGUUCUGGAUGUGGGUGAUUGGCUCUGUCACAUUGAGGCUGAUUCUGGUGUACUUCCCUAGGAACCUCAACCUCUCUUCUCGCCCCGAAGUCUCCACUCCUCUCACAAGUCUUCGCCGCCUUGCUGAGGGUUAUUGGCUGAAGCGAUCAUCGAUGUCGCCAUAUGCUGGAUCCAUGUACCAUGGUUCUCCUUUGUUGUUGGCACUCCUCGGUCCUCUAACAGUUACAAGAAUUGAAGGGCAACCUGAUCAACUUCUCUGCAGUUUGGUUUUUGUGAUUGCAGAUGUGAUCAGUGCAACUCUCAUCCGUGCUGCCGGUAGAAGUCUUCAGGCAGCAUACAGUUCUAGUUUAAAAGUUCUUGGCCUUCAUCAGUUAUCGGAAACUUCAGAGGUUCUUCCUUCAGGAGAUUUUGCCGCUCUUGUAUAUUUAUGGAAUCCUUUCACGAUAAUUGCAUGUGUUGGUCUAUCCACAUCUGCAAUUGAGAACUUAGUUGUUGUGUUAUCACUUUAUGGAGCUUGCAAACGAUUAGCUUCACUGGCAGCUUUUGGAUGGGUUUUGGCUACACACUUGUCUUUUUACCCAUCAAUCCUUAUUAUUCCAGUGAUAUUGUUGUUGGGGUAUGGUCCUGAUGCUCCUCCUAGAAAGUUAUUCCAACGGAGGAUAAAACUUGAGGUUGGCAAUUCCUCCUCAAUUGGUAGCGAUCAUUUAAAAGAAGAGUUGAAGGAUCAAAGUAGCAUGCUAAAGGUCUUUGCAUGGAGGCUAGUUGUUCAUUUUUUGAUCUGGAUACUGCUGUGGUCAUCCUAUGUCUUAGUCUUAUGUGGCAUAUAUCUCCAAAAGCAUGGUGGUCUACAGGAGUUGUACAGAAGAACCUACGGUUUCAUCCUUACCAUACCAGACCUGUCUCCAAAUAUUGGAGUUUUGUGGUACUUUUUUGCCGAAGUUUUCGACUUCUUCAGAAGUUUCUUCUUGAUGGUAUUUCAUGGGAAUAUUCUGUUGAUGAUAAUGCCAUUAGCCUUACGGCUUAAUCACCGGCCAUGCUUUCUUGCUUUUGUAUAUAUUAUGAUUUCUUCCUUGUUGAAGUCUUAUCCUUCAGUUGGUGAUUCAGCUCUAUACUUGGGUUUACUUGGGUUAUUUUCUUAUGAACUCAAAGACAUACGAUUUUCUUUCUUGCUGUUUGCUGGUUAUGUUGGGGUUUCACUUCUCAGCCCUGUGAUGCACAACUUAUGGAUAUGGAGGGGUACUGGGAAUGCAAACUUUUACUAUGCAACUGCAAUUGCUUAUGCCCUCUUCCAGGUUGCUUUGGUGAUUGAGUGUGUUAAUUGCAUGCUUAAUCAUGAUAGAAUGGUUACAAAGCUAACUACUACGAAGCUUAAAGAUGCCAAAUCUUGAUAAUGAAGAAGUAUGAUUGUGUCCACUAAGCUUCAAUGGGAUGUCCCUGGUAGACUAUUUCAAUGGUGCAAGAUUGUGCUCUGUUCUUCAACUCUUAUCAAACUAUGUAUUUGCAUGGAUGCAAGCGUUUGUAACCUUAGUUAGAAUUUGAACCAAAGGCAUUUUGGAAUUAAUGAUAGGAUAUAUUACAAGGAUAUAAAGAAGAAUCACCGUGUCUUUUUGUAGUGCUGAGAAGUGAGAACUGAGAACCUUUUUUUUUGUGUGAAAAAAGAAAUUGAUUUACCAUAAAGUUUUGAUGGCU